UGCAUCGUUAUACCCUACACCUUCUCUCAGGGGAUUAAAACCGUGACUGUUCAACUCGCCACCUCCUUCUCCCUGCUGCAACCCCAGCGUAAGCGACACGGGGUCUACACCACCGAAUCUCCCCAGCUCAGACAUGUUGCGGGCAUAUCAUCCGGGCCCACGGUCUCUGUAUUAUCGGACAUUGGGUCGGUGGGUUUCGAUUCCACGGGGCGCAGGCCCGUGGAGUCUUCGCAUUUGUUGUCCUUUGUGUUUGUCUUCUCAGAAGAAGAGUUUGAGUCCACGUCAGCAUCUCCUGUUUCCUCUUUGUACAUCUCCUCGACCAUGGGCUUCCAGAGGCGGACUCGAGCAUUUAUGAACCAGUUGGAGACCUAU